CAGCAGCAGCAGCAGCGCAGCCGCCCCCCGGGCAUGUCGCUGGUGCGGGUCCUGAGCAGCUCCCCCUGAGCUGUAGCCGUCUGGUCCCUGAGGCGGAGCAGCACUGAACGCCAGCGGGUGCCCGCGGAAGAGGAGGAGAAGGAGAAGGAGAAGGAGGAGGACGGGGGGGACAGGCCGGCUCCCUCCCCCGGGCCGGCCGCCGGGGUUGUGGAUGCCUAGGGGCCCCGGGGCGUAGCUAAGCGCUCGCCCCCUUCCCCCUUUCCUCCUUGGCAUCCCCGGCCCCGCCAUGGGCUGCUGCAACUCCACCUCCGCAGCACAGAGCUCCAAGCGAGAGUGGAAGCCUCUGGAGGAUCGAAGCUGUACAGAUUUACCAUGGUUACUGCUCUUCAUCCUCUUCUGCCUUGGGAUGGGAUUUAUUUGUGGCUUUUCAAUAGCAACAGGUGCAGCAGCAAGACUAGUGUCAGGAUACGACAGCUAUGGAAAUAUAUGUGGGCAGAAAAAUGCAAAAGUGGAAAGAAUACCUAACAGUGGCAUGGACCACACCCAUCGGAAGUAUGUGUUCUUUUUGGACCCAUGCAAUGUGGACUUGGUAAAACGGAAGAUCAAGUCUAUUGCUCUGUGUGUAGCAGCAUGUCCAAGCCAUGAAUUGAAAACAAUAUAUGAAGUCCAGAAGUUUGCGGAAAAGAAUGGCUCUGCUUUAUGUCUAUACAACUUAAAGCCAUCAGAAUACAGUAUGCAUUCAAAAGCCUCUGUUCUCUGCCCCAAACUCCCAGUUCCUGAGAGUGCACCUAUUCCAUUCUUCCAUCGCUGUGCUCCUGUGAACAUUUCCUGCUAUGCCAAGUUUGCAGAGGCCCUGAUCACCUUUGUCAGUGACAAUAGUGUCUUACACAGGCUGAUUAGUGGAGUAAUGACCAGCAAAGAAAUUAUAUUGGGACUUUGCUUGUUAUCACUAGUUCUAUCCAUGAUUUUGAUGGUGAUAAUUAGGUACAUAUCCAGAGUACUCGUAUGGAUCUUAACAAUUCUGAUUAUACUGGGUUCACUUGGUGGUACAGGUGUGCUGUGGUGGCUGUAUGCUAAGCAAAGAAAAUCACCCAAAGAAACUAUUAUUCCAGAACAACUUCAAAUAGCUGAAGACAAUCUCCGAGCCCUCCUCAUCUAUGCCAUUUCAGCUACAGUGUUCACAGUGAUCUUGUUCUUGAUCAUGUUAGUAAUGCGCAAGCGUGUUGCCCUCACCAUUGCCUUGUUUCAUGUGGCUGGCAAAGUCUUCAUUCACUUGCCACUUCUUGUCUUCCAACCAUUUUGGACUUUUCUUGCCCUUCUCCUAUUUUGGAUAUACUGGAUCAUGACUCUGCUUUUUCUUGGCACUCUAGGUAGUGCUAUUCCAAAAGGUGAAUUUGUGGAAUUUGAAGUUUCUGGCCCUCUGCAAUACAUGUGGUGGUACCAUGUGGUGGGCCUGAUCUGGAUAAGUGAGUUCAUUCUAGCCUGUCAACAGAUGACUGUGGCAGGAGCUGUAGUAACGUAUUAUUUUACAAGGGAUAAAAGGAAUCUGCCAUAUACUCCCAUUUUGGGGUCAGUGAACCGGCUCAUCCGCUACCACCUUGGUACAGUGGCAAAGGGAUCUUUCAUUAUUACAUUAGUGAAAAUACCACGAAUGAUCCUCAUGUACAUUCAUAACCAACUUAGAGGAAAGGAAAAUGCCUGUGCUCGAUGUAUGCUGAAAUCUUGCAUCUGUUGCCUCUGGUGUCUUGAAAAGUGCCUAAAUUAUUUAAAUCAGAAUGCAUACACAGCAACAGCUAUCAACAGUACCAACUUCUGCACCUCAGCAAAGGAUGCCUUUGUAAUUCUAGUGGAGAAUGCUUUGAGAGUGGCUACCAUCAACACAGUGGGAGAUUUUAUGUUAUUCCUAGGCAAGAUCCUGAUAGUCUGCUGCACAGCAUUAGCAGGGAUUAUGCUGCUAAACUACCAGCAGGAUUAUACAGUAUGGGUACUGCCAUUGGUCAUUGUUUGCCUCUUUGCUUUCCUGGUUGCUCACUGCUUCCUGUCCAUUUAUGAAAUGGUUGUGGACGUAUUAUUCUUAUGCUUUGCUAUCGAUACCAAGUACAAUGAUGGAAGUCCUGGCAGAGAAUUCUACAUGGAUAAAGUCCUGAUGGAAUUUGUGGAGAAUAGUAGAAAAGCCAUGAAAGAAGCUGGUAAGGGAGGGGCAGCCGAUUCCAGAGAGCUAAAACCGAUGGCUUCGGGAGCAAGUUCAGCUUGAAUCUAGCCGACCAUUAUGGAACCCAUUGACAUUCCAAAACCAUAUAUAUACAUAUAUAUGUAUUUGUGUAUGUGUGUGUAUAUAUAUAUGUAUAUGUAUAUGUAUAUGUAUAUGUAUAUGUAUACAUAAUCAGCCAAAAUCAGAGAAAAGGAACAGGGAUUUAAUACUUUUUUUAAGAUUAUUUUUGUCAAACAUGUACUCCUUUCAUACGGGUGGCUUUUACAGGCAAUUUUAGUCAUUUAGUUUUUUCAAUAGUAAUUGUAUUAAUGGAAAUGUUAAGAUUCAUAUCUGAUGAAAGUUUUUAAUAAUUUAAGGGAGGAUUGAAUUAUAAUUAUUUUAAGUAAAAGCAUUAGACCAAAUUCUUUGUCCAAAAUACAAAAAUUUAUUAAUGGGGUCAAAUUCCCCAAAAUAUGCAUUAUAUUCAGAGUAUGUUUUAUAGAUCCUUAAGCCCAAAUGAAUGGGACAGACUAUUUGGGCAUAUAUAUAUUUUCCAGAUAAAUUAGACAUUAAUUUAAAUCCUUGCCUUUAAAAAGCUUCUCUAUACAAGGAAGUCAUGAGAUUAGAUGGCAUUUUACAUACAAAUGGGCCCAGAAUCAAUUUCCAUUCUAAUUCAUGAAUUUAUUAAUUAUCAUUAAAAAGUAAACAGAUCCUCAGGUAUUUUUAGGUGGCCCUUAAAUCUUAUGUCAAAGGGAAUAGCAAAAGGAAUAGAUAUUUUCUGAUGUAAACUUUUUCUUCUUAUAUCACUUUUUCCUUUUCUUUUUGAUUUCAGUAACUUCCUUUGUACUUCUGUGCCCUGGCCUUAGAAGGGCAUACGUUCCAUAAACAAACAGCUGAGCAAACUGCCAACUAUGAAAGUUGAGCAUUUAAAUAUCUGUAUCUUGGUUUUGCUGACUUAAUCAUGCUGGUAGAAAGAAAGCAGGGACAGAAAUGCAAAAAUUACUUAAAACUUUUGUGACUUUGAGUCAGUUCUAGGAACUAUCCAUUGAUUUCAGGAUAAAUGGCCAUUUUAUUUCAUUGCUUGUGAUCAAGUGUGUAAACCAUGUCAACUCAGCCUGGCAGGUGCUUCUCACUAUGAAAAUCAUGGAGUAUCCAAUGAUACAGUGACUACAAAAGAACUGGUUCAUGUUUUGUUUUUUCAAAUGUUGAAAGUUUCUUUGGUUUUAUUUCAACUCUCAAAGCUUACCAGAUAUGAAUGGCUAAUGUUCCAUUGUUCUGCUUGUUGUAAUGGUGAAUGCUUUAAAACAAAGUGUAUUUGCUAAGAAUAAUUCAUGAUCUCUUUAUGUGAUAACUCCUUUUUGUUACAAUUUUUUUAAAAAAGCUAUUUUUGUUAAUGUAAAGUAAAUAUUUCAGAGCAGAAUUUUUAAACUUAUUGCACUAAAUACAGGCUCUGUAAGAAAAAUAACGCCUCAGCAGUUUAUCAUUCCAUAGAAAGAGAAUCUUUUGAAAGAAAGCAUGCCUUUCUAUCAAGCUUAGACAAUGGAUUAGAGUGGUGUGUAUGAAUGUAUGUACUUUUAAUGUCACCAGAACUUCAUAAGCAGCUGUUUGCUAAUGUGCUUCCUUUCAAAGGAUUGGACCUUUAAAUUGCUACAGAAGGUAAAUUGUAUUUUUUUUAAAUGACUUUGUGCUCUUUACUCAAGGUAAGCUAGCCAAAUGCCUUGAUUUUAUUUUUAAAGCUCAAAGCAACACUUCUGAUUUUUCAGAAUCUUAGAAAUAAGAAUCUGAAUUUUAAAAAUACAAUUUAUAACUUAUGUCUUAAAAGGAUCAAGGGAAGCUAACUUUGUGAGAAUAACCAUUUGAAGUCAGUAAUUCUCCAGAAGUUAACUUCCACAAUUUAAACAGUAUCAUUCUUUUCUAUAUGCAAUAUGGUAUAGUGGAAAGAGCAUUAGAAGACCUGGAUUCAAGUCCCAGGCCAACUACAGAUGACUUAACGUGAGUAUGGGCAAGUCAUUUAUCCUCCCUAGGCCUCAGUUCCUCAGAUUUAAAAUGAGGACAUUGAACUAGAUUAUCUCUAAGGGCCUUUCCUGCUUUUAAUUUAUAAUUAAAUAAUUUGAAAUGGCAAGAUUCUAAUUGUGGAACUAACCAAAUUCUAGUUCAAAUUGAUGUAAGGGAAGAAUCAGUGUUAUAUUUGAAUGUAGAAUGACAUCAGCUCCAUAGCAGUUCCAGAUUUUUGACAAUUUAGGAACAUUGGCAACCAAGUUAAGGACUGGAAUCAGGGAAGAUUGAAUACCAAAACUGAAGUGAUUACAAGUUAUAAGCAUUUCAGGAGGUAUCACCAUCCCCCACUCCCAUCCCACCUUCACCCCACCCCCAUGGCCUGAUGGAAGUCCAGGAUUUGGAAGUUUUAGGUUCUGCUCACUUGGACAUCCUGACAUCAUGGAUUCUUGCUGCUCCCUGUUCCAUAUGCUUGCAACCUCUGCUGUUUGGAAGCCACCAGAAAUGCUUUCUUAAUAUCAUUUGCAACUAGAACUGUAAUCAGAAAGAAAUUUUGUAUUUUUGUAUAACUUGACUGUGUGCCAUUUUAUAUAACAGGCCCUGUUUUGCAAAUAAAUUUUGUUUUACUAACACUG